AUGAACAAACUUAUUGAAUAUUCAAUAAUUGAUGUUUUAAAUGAAAUGAAAAUUGGAGCUAAAAAAUGUGAAAUUCUGGAUUUUUGCGAUUAUGCCGAUUUAUUUUUUGCUGCUAUGAUCUCAAGGAUUGCGUUUUCAAUUGUAUUCCCUAAUAUUAAUUUAAACAAAUUUCCACAAAAAUAUGUGUACUUUGCAAAAGAAUUAAUUAUUAAAAAAGAACAAUAUAAAGAAAAUGAGCAUAAACAAAAACAAUUUGGAUUAUUUAGAGUUUUGUAUAACCAAAUCUUGAUGGACAAACAAGAUACUAUAUUGCUAAAUGAUGAAAGCUCGUUUAAUAAUUCCACAACUCGUUUGGAAGUUAUUCUUGGAAAUCUGUUGCUUAAUAAUAGUGUUAAGGCAGCCGGCCUCCAAACAAUUAGCUUUGCUCUUUCAUGUAUUGUCCAUUUUAUGGCUGCUUAUCCUCAGAUACAAGAGAACCUUCGAAUUAAUUUACAAAACGAGGAUAAUAAUUUAUCUUUAAAUACUUCAUCAGAAAAAGAAUUGAUAGAUGGAGUUAUUAAUGAAACGCUUAGACUAUGUCCUAUAGUUGCCUUUGCAAGUACCCGAAGAUGUACCAUUAAAUAUUUGACAAAAAAUGGAGAGAUUUGUUUGAAUCCUGGGGAUAUAAUAGAAGCUGAUAUAUUCUCAAUGGCAAUAGAUGAGGAAUUUUGGGGAAAAGAUGCGAAUGAAUUCAAACCAGAGAGGUAGAAAAAUUUUUGAAAAUAAUUUUUAAGUUAUUAAAUAAAGUAUGACUAGAAUUUUUAUAGAAAAUUGAAACUUUCCGGGUCAGGUAGUAUGCAUCGGAUUCGGAAUUCAGAAUGUAUAAUAAAUUAAAGGCCGUUUUGGUUGUUUUUAUUUUGUC